UUAUCUCAAGGCACGUAUUAUAUUCUUCAAUUCUUGUUGGUUUUGUUCGGGUCCAACAAGCCUCAUCUAUAUUUUCCCCAUGAACCAGAUCGAAGAACUAGUCUCGAGACUCUGCAUACCUAUGGCGAAACAUCUAAUUAUCAGAAGUGAGACAGUUUCAGUCCCAUCUCAACCUAGCCAACCUGCUUCGAACCCUGUACUCCGUACCUGGACAACCAAUGAAGCUUUGGCAGCAACACGUAAAAAUAACAACAAUCCCAUGGGCGACAGGAGGCAUCCCCAUGUUUUUAGUGGGUGGGUCCCGAGGAAAGAACAGUUUGUCAGUUUUGCCUGCCCCGUCGACAAAAGGAGGCGCGAGAGGCAAGAAAGGACCAACCGGAAAUGAGACUAGUCACUAUCCAACAACAAGUGGGGCCGGCUGGAACAUUGCCAGUUUGGGUAAUGUCGAACUGGUCUCGUGUCUUCUUGGGACGCAGAGAAUGGCGCACAUAGUGAAGAGAGCGAGAUACUGGUCCGAUAAACUGAAGAAUACAAUUGAUAGCUCAUCAAGCUUUCUCUGCGGUGGUGACAAAUUCAUUUCAGGGUACUUUCUGAUCAAGUAUUCAAUCACUAGGUCAGAGAAAGGAGUGCAGUAUGAGAUAUAUAAUCUUCAGCACAACUCCCCGUUGUCUAUCAAUCCACAAUACAUAUCCAAGCUUGGACGAUAAGUAUAGAUACUGACAUUGGGCCGUUGAACCAAAUAACCUAUGGGAUACUGGGUAUUACCGACUUUCUGGUCUCUC